GGGAUCGGCGGCAGUGGUAGCGGUAGCAUGGCCACUUUCUACGGGGGUGUGGAGGGGGGAGGUACACAGUCCAAGGUACUUUUACUCUCUGAGGAUGGGCAGAUCCUGGCAGAAGCGGAUGGACUCAGCACAAACCACUGGCUGAUAGGAGCAGACAAGUGUGUGGAGCGAAUCAAUGAGAUGGUGAACAAGGCCAAGCGGAAAGCAGGGAUGGAUCCUCUGGUACCUCUGCGCAGCUUGGGCCUCUCCCUGAGCGGUGGGGAGCAGGAGGACGCGGUGAGGAUCCUGACGGAGGAGCUGAGGAACCGAUUUCCCUACCUGAGUGAAAACUAUCUAAUCACCACCGAUGCCGCCGGCUCCAUCGCCACAGCUACACCGGAUGGUGGGGUUGUGCUCAUCUCUGGGACAGGCUCCAACUGCAGGCUCAUUAAUCCCGAUGGCUCCGAGAGUGGCUGCGGUGGCUGGGGCCACAUGAUGGGGGACGAGGGCUCAGCCUACUGGAUUGCACAUCAAGCAGUGAAAAUAGUGUUUGACUCCAUUGACAACCUAGAAGCAGCGCCACAUGACAUUGGCUACAUCAAGCAAGCCAUGUUCAACUAUUUCCAGGUGCCAGAUCGGCUAGGAAUCCUCACACACCUGUAUAGGGACUUUGAUAAAUGCCGGUUUGCUGGGUUUUGCCAGAAAAUUGCAGAAGGUGCUGAGCAGGGGGACCCCCUCUCCCGGUUUAUCUUCAGGAAAGCUGGGGAGAUGCUGGGCCGACACGUUGUAGCAGUGUUGCCUGAGAUUGACCCGGUCUUGUUCCAAGGGGACACUGGUCUCCCUAUCCUGUGUGUGGGCUCUGUGUGGAAGAGCUGGGAGCUGCUGAAGGAAGGUUUCCUCUCGGUGCUGACCCUGGGCAGAGACACUCAGGCUCACAGCUCUUUCUCCAGCUUCACUCUGAUGAAGCUUAGGCAGUCCUCAGCCCUGGGUGGGGCCAGCCUUGGGGCCAGGCACAUUGGACACCUCCUCCCCUUGGACUACAGCGCCAAUGCCGUUGCCUUCUACUCCUACACCUUCUCCUAGGGAGCUGGGCCUAACUCCACCCCCUCCAAGCCCAGUGAACAUUGGGUGCUAGAAGGGAGGAGACGUUUUAUUUUUUUUAAAGCAACACAUAAAGAAGAAAAUAAAUGCACUUUACCUGCUCCCCAA